AUGUUGUCAGAAGUAGUACUAUGUUCGUCUUCAACGGAUUCUUUUGUAAAUGUACUAGACUUUCGUACCGGUACUUUACAUACUUCUUUUAAACAAAAUAAUUGUUUUAAGCAUGCGUUAGCUUUAAUACCAUAUUCCGGUCAAUGUAAUAGAAUUAGUUUAAUAAUUUCUGCUCAAGUGGAUAAACCUUUAUUGCAUGUAUAUUCAUUUCAAAAGGACCAGGUUCAUUUGAAAAUCAUAUGUCCUGAAAAAAUAGUUGCAUUAGCGGUAUCAAAUAGAGGAGUAUUUUGUGCUGGUGGAACCGACAAUGGAAAAAUUUAUAUUUGGGAGAUUUCUACGGGAAUAUUAUGCAAAGUAUUUGAUGCUCAUUAUAAAAGAAUUAGUGUAAUAAAAUUUUCUAAUGAUGAUUCUGUAUUAAUAUCCGGUAGUGAAGAUGCUGGUGUAAAUGUAUGGCUAUUAACUAAUUUGCUGGAUGAUUCAGUUGAUGAAUCACCUUCGCCUUAUUAUACAUGGUCAGAACAUUCAUUACCAAUAACUGAUAUUUGGUGUGGAAUAGGAAGUUUUAAUACAACAAGAGUGUUAACUUCUUCUCUGGAUCACACAUGUAAAUUAUGGGAUUUGGCAACAGGGUGUCUUUUAACUACAUUUAUAUUUCCCGCAGCAAUAACAUGUUUAAUAGCUGAUCCAGCCGAAAGAAUGUUUUUCGGUGGUGGUAAUGAUAAUUUAAUAUAUCAAAUAUAUUUAUAUACUAAACAAGAAAAUAGAGGAUACUCUAUGACUAAUAGUAGAGAAGAAGUAAUUGCUGUCGGUGGUACAGCUUCAAUUGUAGAUGUUUGUGAAAUAGCUUCUUCUAAAGAUAAUAGGAAAGGAAAUUUAUUCAAAGGACACAGUUCUUCAGUCACUUCACUUGCACUUUCAUAUGAUGCAACGUUACUGUUAUCGGGUUCACAAGAUGGAACAUUAAUAAUAUGGGAUAUAAUGAGUAAACAGAUGAUAAAAAAUUUCUCUCAUUACAAAGGUAUAUAG